AUGAAUCUAUUUGAUCCAAUCCCCGACAUUUUUGCACUUUUCGAGAAAUUUGACAAGCUAUUCUUUGAGGGCCAGCUCGCUUGCGGUAAAAUAGAAUGGAGUCCUCGAAUGACAGUAUCUGCUGGAAUUUGUUAUUUCGAUAAAAGUGAAGGACCUUUUUUGAUUCGGCUCAGUAAGCCCUUAUUAAAAGAUCGGCCACGAAAAGACAUUGAAGAAACUAUGCUGCACGAAAUGAUUCAUGCUUAUCUCUUCGUGACUAAGGGGUUUUCGAUUCGAAACGGUGUUGAUGGACAUGGGCCGAUGUUUCAGGAGCAUAUGCGUCGAAUUAAUAUUGAAGCGGGUACGGAUAUAACGAUUUAUCAUUCUUUUUAUGCCGAAGUCGACAGUUACAAACAGCAUUGGUGGAGAUGCAAUGGCCCAUGUCGGCAACGACUUCCUUAUCUUGGACUUUUGCGGAGAUCUAGAAACAGGACACCUGGACCAAAUGAUUUUUGGUGGCGCGAUCAUGAGGAAAAGUGUGGCGGUACUUACGAGAAAAUAAAAGAACCCGAAGGAUACGAAGACAAAAAAAAGAAAACAGAUAAGCAUCCCGUCUCAAAAAAAUCUGCUUUGGAAAACUACUUUGCACCUUCAUCAACUACAAGUCGAUCUGAGAAAAUAAAGAAACCAGACACAAACAAUGCAACUAAGAGUCCGGCCCUUAAAAUGCAAACUCUGGACACCUAUUUUCGUAAGAAAGAAAAUGAGGAGCACGUCACAAAGGCACGAAAACGAAAUUAUGGCGGUUCGACUCUUGCAUCAGAAGGACCAAGUAAAAAGAAGUGCGAGAAAAUUGAGGAGCCUGAUGCAAAUUUCACAGGAGAACCCGUUACCGUUUCGUUCGAUUCAACGUCUUGCUUCAAACUUAUGGACAAAAAUCGGCCUCGAAGAGAGUUCUUAUCGCAUUUGUUCAAAGUGGCCACGAUCAUUGAAUGGGAGUAUGUCACAGAGUACAUGGCAUCCGUAACGUGGGCAUCAUGGAAGAUGCACGAUCAAUGGGAAUUCUAUCUCGAAAUCAACAUUGAUAAUCCGGAUCCGGCGAAUCUCGAUAAUGGUCCUCCUCAUCCGCAUGUUGGAUAUGGAUUCAAGGAGUUGAUCAAAGACGAUAAAUGGAGAGAGACGAUGGUCGACGCGCAGUUCGCUUAUCAUGUUACUAAUGUUGAACACACGGGUCCUUCCUCACACCCAAACUACUCGAAACUGGAGUGGAGUCUGGCGAUGGAUCCGGACUUUGAUCGGAAGCUUGUCGGUCUUCCCUGUAUUUUCUUUUCAACCACACUGUAUAAUACGGAACUUCCCAAGAGUGGCCCGUAUCCACGCAAAGGAAAGUUAGGACACAAAUAUUGGAGAGUCAAAGUGCCGAUGCAUCGAUUCAACGAGUAUUCGAUUUUCUACUGUCGAAAUCCAAAAAAUUACUUAUACAAUGGAGUUCGUCAGUAUCAAGUGCGUUUGGUGUUGGUGAGAAAUGAGGAGGCUGUCGAGUUGCUGAAAAAUAUUCCCGAUAUCGUCAAGCUGAAUACGUUCAACAAUCCGUUUCUCUGUUUGGAUGGUGGGAGAUGGAAAACGAAUAAUUAUUGGAAGGUGACACGACCUGAUAUCAAAUAUUGGGUGAACUUUGUUGUGCUCGGCGAUUUUCAACUAGAUGAAUGUGAAUGGGAUGGAUGUAAAAGAAACAAUCAACAGGGAAGAGAAUUGGACAGAGAAAAUCAGGCUGAUCAACUAAUUGUGCAAUGGGCUAAUCAUCAGAAAUGGUCGGGAAAUCAA